UACAACCAGGCCACACCAUAUGUGCAACUCAGGAGAAUUUAAUCAGACGUAUACAGUAUUACAUUUACCAUGCAUAUAUAUAAAGAAAUGGGUAUUUAGAAACACUUUAGACUUCAUUUGUCUGCUCCUGUUAACUAUGUAGAGCUAUAUCUUGUAUAUGGGCCCUUGGCCUCGUUACAAAUAAACUCUUGACUUUGACUUGACCAUGCUUGUCUCCCUCAUGCCGACUAGGAUUGCCCCCCGAUAUAACAUGCUUCACUUAGUGAAAAAACAAUAUCGCCAUGUUUGUCUCCCUUUAAGUGUUUCAGUUUAAAGAUUUUACCAUGAUGGCUGGGAUCCGGUCAGAACAGUAUCUCCAUUUACAAAUAAGGAGAUAAACGUGACAGCUCUUAGUAUAGGUUUUCUAAAUGAUUCUGCAAUACUCGGGGAUUAAAGAUGUAAAAAUGUCCGCUGAAACCAAAAGAUCUGAAAAUACAUGGCGAUUACCGACAUCAUAAAGAUGCCAGCCACUUUUUAAGCUUCUCUAGGAUUCAAUAACCACAUACACCCGCAUGCACCACUGAAGUUGCUUUUCAACCAACCGACCAAGUGAUAUCGCAGUUAGUAUACAAGGUGAAACACGACAACAAUACACCUUGCAGCUGAAUCACUCAUCUGGAGACACAAGUCAUCUGAUAGGUUAUCACGUGAUCUGAUGACGUUACAUGCACCAGAUUAUCCAGACCGCCAGACAGUCAAGACGAUCAAGCAGACUUACACGUUUUGAAAGAAAUCACCCGGAGUUUAAGUAACAGACACGAUGCCGAAGGACAAAACUCACAUCAGUAUCGUUGUGAUCGGCCAUGUGGACUCUGGGAAGUCAACAACUACUGGUCAUCUCAUCUACAAGUGUGGAGGGAUUGACCAAAGGACAAUAGAGAAGUAUGAGAAGGAGGCCCAAGAGAUGGGCAAGGGGUCCUUCAAGUACGCCUGGGUGCUGGACAAACUGAAGGCCGAGAGAGAAAGGGGCAUCACUAUCGAUAUUGCUCUCUGGAAGUUUGAGACAAAGAAGUUCUAUAUUACCAUUAUUGACGCUCCAGGCCAUAGAGACUUCAUCAAGAACAUGAUCACUGGAACCUCCCAGGCCGACUGCGCUGUACUCAUAGUAGCAUCGGGCACAGGGGAGUUCGAAACUGGAAUAUCCAAAAAUGGCCAAACAAGAGAACAUGCCCUGCUUGCCUACACAUUGGGUGUCAAGCAAAUUAUUGUUGGCGUUAACAAAAUUGACACGACGGAACCGCCCUAUUCUGAAAAGAGGUUCCUGGAAAUUGUCACCGAAGUUAAAACCUACUUGAAGAAGGUUGGCUUUGAUCCUAAAUCUGUGGCAUUUGUUCCUAUCUCUGGUUGGCAUGGGGACAACAUGCUUGAAGAAAGUCCAAGCAUGCCUUGGUAUAAGGGUUGGUCAACUGUAAAGAAGAUUGAUGAGGAACAUAUAAAAGCUUCAGGAAAAACACUUUUCGACGCACUUGAUAGCAUCGUACCUCCCACUAGACCAGUUAAAAAGCCUCUGCGUCUCCCCCUUCAAGACGUCUAUAAAAUAGGAGGAAUUGGAACGGUACCAGUGGGCAGAGUGGAGACAGGAGUCCUGAAGCCAGGAAUGAUCGUUACAUUUGUCCCUGCCAAUAUUACCACAGAGGUCAAAUCAGUAGAGAUGCAUCACGAAUCACUGUCUGAGGCCUUACCUGGGGACAACGUGGGCUUCAACGUCAAGAACAUCUCCGUCAAGGACAUACGUCGAGGAAACGUAACGGGUGACAGCAAAAACGACCCACCAUGUACAACAAAAUCAUUUAUUGCUCAGGUGAUUGUUCUGAACCACCCGGGUCAGAUCGCUGCAGGGUACGCUCCAGUUCUGGAUUGCCACACAGCACACAUUGCAUGUAAGUUUGCGGAACUCAAAGAGAAAGUGGACCGUAGGAAUGGCAAGAAGUUGGAAGAGAAUCCCAAGUUUUUGAAGUCUGGAGACGCUGGCAUCAUAAAUCUGAUACCAUCAAAACCAAUGUGCGUGGAGACAUUUGCCAAAUAUGCCCCACUUGGGAGAUUUGCCUGUCGCGACAUGCGACAGACGGUGGCCGUCGGGAUCAUCAAGGAGGUCACCAAGAAGAAAGUAAGCACGGGAAAAGUGACCAAAUCUGCCAAGAAAGGUCAAUAACCAUUUCACCGAGCUUAUAUCACUAUCUUAGACUGAACUAUUUUCAACUCAACCUAUCAUUUUACUACAGGCACAUGUGUGUUCUUAAGCAAUGUCAAAGAUUGCCACAUGCCAUGAACAGCCAAGUGGCAAAGUGUCAAUGUAGUAUGUUGUCAUAUUGAUAUGCUUCUGUUUCCUCUUUAUGUAUUUGACAGUUAGGACAAUUGUUGUGAUCUCCAUUAAUCAUUGAGUCACACAUGUCAUAUCUCGUUUCAUCUGUGGCAUUCUGUGCUUGAUGGUAAGUCAGAACACACGUUCAUGGUAUAGAAGGAACAGCACAAUGGAGAUUUAUUGCGGAUCUGGAAAGGGUUUUGUCGCUUUUAUUUCUAGCACAACUAAGGGCUACGAUUCGGAGGGGUUCGUUUUGUGGGUUCUCAUACGCACUCCAACCAAGACACUUUAUACAA